AUGUCAGACCAGAGUAAGAGGCUGUCUCAUCACAUCCGUCUAUGUCAUCUUCUGGUCCACCUCUGUCUUCUUAGGUUUCUUUUCCGAUUUGACCAACUACUUGUACAUUGCUUCUCUCGCACGCAAACUCGAAAGCUUCCGCAGCCAAGCGACGGUGCUGUUCCACGCGGUGGUUGUUCUAAUUCACGGUACUGUCUUCAUAGUUCUGAUAGCAAAGUUCAACAAGUGGAGCGCGGGAUGGAACAUGGGUUAUUUCGAUCUUGGAAGAAGACGAAGAAGGUCAAGGCAUCUAUGGGAGCGAUGCUCUGUCUCUUUCAGCUUGGUAUGGAAGAGGACAUGAGAAGCCUGACCUCUGGAUGA